AUGACAGGUGAUGAUGUUAAUGAUGCAGUUGCACUUAAAGCAGCUGAUGUUGGUAUAGCUAUGGGACAAAUAGGAAUAUUUCAUAAUAUACAAAAUUUUGUUCGAUUUCAAUUGAGCACGAGUAUUGCUACAUUAAGUUUAAUAACACUUUCAACUGUUUUUCAUUUUCCUAAUCCAUUAAAUGUUAUGCAAAUUCUUUGGAUUAAUAUUAUGAUGGAUGGACCAUCAGCUCAAAGCCGUGAUGUUGAACCUCUUGAUCAUGAUUUGUUGAUCUCAAGUAAAAUAUUGAAAUUAAUUAAAUAUGUAUAUUCAAAAGAAUUUUUUUUAUUUUUGAAAUUGGUCUUUUUUGAAAUUGAUUUUUUUGUUGUUCCUAUAUUUCUUUCUAUUAUUGGUCAAUUAGCUGUUAUUUAUUUACCACCAUUACAAUAUGUAUUUGAAACAGAAUCACUUAGUGCUUCAGAUAAAUAA